AUGUCGGAGACAAACUCGAACCUGGUUACAGACACCAAAGAGGAAAGAACCGAUACGCCCUCUGAGUCUCCAGAUGAACUGGCACCGGUUAAGUACCCAUCGGGACCAAUUUUGGUCAUAAUUGUCAUCGCAUUGAUGCUGAGCAUGUUCUUGAGUAUCAUCUCCACUGCGAUCCCGAAGAUCACGACCCAGUUCAAGAGCAUGGAAGAUAUCGGAUGGUACGGCAGUUCCUUCUUUUUGACACUUGCCGCUUUCCAAUCUGCCUGGGGUCAUGUAUACAAGGGCUUCUCCCUGCGCGGCUCUUUUCUGGCGGCUAUUGGCAUAUUCGAGAUUGGAAGUUUGGUCUGCGCUUUGGCGCCAAACAGUAUUGCGUUGAUUGUCGGACGGGCUAUCCAGGGCAUGGGGGGAGCCGGUCUCACUGGCGGGUGCUACACCAUUGCAGCUUUCAUUGCGCCCCCAAAGAAAGUCCCCAUACUCAUUGGCUUGCUGGGGUCUACAUUCAGUGUAGCGAGUAUUGCAGGACCUCUACUGGGAGGCGCCUUUUCGCAGCAUGUUACAUGGCGUUGGUGCUUCUACAUUAACCUUCCCAUCGGUGGCGUGGCUGCCGGGGUCUUGCUUUUCUUCUUCCGCACCCCUGACCAGGCCAAAUCCGGAAUGGGAAGGCCACUAAAGGAGAAAUUGCAACAGUUCGACUUCAUCGGCCUGUGGGGAGGAGUCACGAAACCGUGGAGCGACGGCUCCGUCAUCGCUUGUCUUGUUUUAUGGGUUGUCCUGACCGGUGCUUUCCUCGGUAUCGAGUGGUGGCAGCAAGACCGUGCGCUGAUGGUUCCACGACUAUUGGCGAAUAGGAAUAUCGGCGCCUGCUGUGCCUUUAUCUUUUUCCUCAAUGCCGCCAACUUCUCGUUGAUCUAUAACCUUCCAAUCUAUUUCCAGGCCAUUAAUGGAGACUCUCCCAUGACCAGCGGGAUCAAAAACAUCCCAACCAUUCUCUCAACAUCCAUCGCAACUUUCUUAUCAUCUGCCGUUGUCACCAAGGUCGGAUACUACCAGCCAUUCUUGCUAGCCGGCAGUAUACUAGCCACUAUCGGCGCGGGCCUGAUCUACACCUUCGAUCUGACAUCCGGUCUGGGCCCUAUUAUCGGAUAUCAAAUUCUGUACGGUACAGGCACCGGACUCUCAGUUCAGAUCCCUGUUGUUGUAGCAGGAGCAUUGCGCUCAACAGAUGACCAGGCCAUUACCAUGGCGACUGUUCUAUUCUUCCAGUUCAUCUCGGCCGCUUACGGUGUGGGCUCCACGGAUUCGAUCAUGAACAACCUACUUCUGAAAAGUAUACCCAAAUACAUGAAGGGUAUCAAUCCUGAGGAGGUCAUCGCUGCCGGUUCAAGCGGGCUUGAAGAAGUCUUCUCGGGCUCAGCGCUUCUUGGUGCGCGACGCUCCUACCUUGAUGGUCUGCACGGCAGUUGGGCCAUGGGAAUUGCGCUCUUUGGCGUGACAUUUUUGUGUGCCCUCAUUCCGAAGCGGGGAGGCAAAAUCCCGCGGCCGGGUGAGCAAGGUGGAAAGGAUGACCAGGGCAACUUUGUUCCUAUGGCCUAG